AAAGCUGCUGUUCUGGGCAAGGACACAUUGGCGGCCAUUCGGGAGGAUAUGUCAAAGCUUGAAAUCCCGUCAUGGAUGGACGCUGCUCCUAACCGUCCUGGAGAAAAAUCACGCGGGAGCUUCACGGCUGACCAGUGGCGGACAUUCUGUACCAUCAACCUCCCAAUAACCUUAGUCCGUUUGUGGGGUUCUUUACCACAGGAUGAACGCAAAUAUACUGUCCUCGUUAACUUCAUGCAUCUCGUCACUGCUGUUCGUCUGGCUAAUAUGCGCGUUAUGUCUGAGGCACGCAUAAUAUCCUAUGAGUAUCACAUGCGGACUUAUUUGGAAGCGCUCGUUGGUUACCAAAGAGAAGAGCCAUUAUAUCCACAUACCAAACUUACGACUUAUCAGCAUAUGUCUCUUCAUUUCGGAAACCUACUAAGGAGAUUUGGCCCGCCUCACAGCUGGCGCUGUUUUGCCUUUGAGCGUUUCAAUUACAUUCUACGGAAGUUUCCCACCAACAGUAAAUUCGGUGAAUUAGAGAAGACUAUGUUCACUCAUUUCUGUAUGAUGCAGAAACUCAGAUCUCGCUUACAUGAUCCGCAUUCUUCACCAGAGUUCGAGGAACUAUCUAAUAUCUAUCGGAAUACAUUCGAAGAGACGAAUGCUCGAGGUAGCUGCGGCAUCGAUGCUCUAUCAUUUGAUGACUAUUCCGUCUUUGCGACUUCUGUUCCACAACGACUGAGCCGCAAUGUCUGCUCUCAGUUACAAACGUGGAUCAACGCCUCUCAUUUUCCAGGCUCCGCGCCCGUCUUGGUGCACAAUCAUGCGGGUGUAAUUCAGCGUGGUGUCACGUUUUCUCCUAAAGAUCACUCUAAAGCAAAUGCUCGGGUUGUUUUCCAAACGACCGGGACAGAAGAAUGGUCUGCAGGGUCUAUAAAAUCCAUUUUCACUGCGAAAUGGACAUCUUCGGGCCAAGGUGUCGUGAAGACCUUCGCCGAAAUCAAUUCUUAUAUCCCUUUAACUGACUCCGACGCAGUUCAUGACCACUUCCGAGCCUUUGGAUUUGCCGCCGGGCGUUUGUUUUAUGACAGACUAGGUGAAGAUACCUUUCUGAUCCCACUGGAUCGUGUGGCCUCUCAUUUUGGCUACACACCUUGGACUGCUUCAUGUAUCAAUUGCGAGGUCAUGCACGCACUUCCUUUCAGCAAGGCGAGUAAUUUCUCUACCACUGAAUGUACACCUACAAUGUACUAA